UGCCCUCCACCGAGGCCACCAGACUUUCUUUACUUUGUGUUGUGUGAACAAGUGUUCCUUUGCUGUUAUGAUGGGAGGCUUGGAGGAGCGUCUGUCUUUCCUGAUGGGCCAGCACGUGCCCGUCAGCCCACCCAUCAGUCCAUCCUCGGACGAUCAAGCGCCCCCGUCUCCUCAGAACCCUAAGGACUUCUUGGAAAAGGAUGAUGAGAAAGUUGGCCAGAGCACAGUGGAGGCUCCUAGCAGCAGCUCUUCCCCUCCCCCCCAGCGUGCUCCACCCGCUGCUCAGCCCCAGUCCGAGGCUCGCCGCUACAGAACAGCCUUCACCAGGGAACAAGUAGCUCGCCUGGAGAAGGAGUUUUUGAGAGAAAAUUACGUGAGUCGCCCAAGACGGUGCGAGUUGGCCAAGGAGCUGGACCUGAGCGAGUCCACGAUCAAGGUGUGGUUCCAAAACAGGCGCAUGAAGGACAAGCGUCAGAGGAUGGCCAUCACGUGGCCCUACGCAGACCCCGCCAUCACUGCCUACUUGCUUCACGCUGCAGCUGCUUCAGGAGCCUACCCGCCCUACCUGCCAUCCUCCCCGCUUCCUGCUGCACCAUGGCCCACGGGUCCUGCACAGCCUCUUCCCUACGCCUCGGCCAGCCUGCCCUAUACACUUCCUCAGCCGCCCACUACCACUCGCUUCUCUCCCUACCCACGCCCGCACACAGGGAUCCUCUCGCCAGUCUACUCCCUGCCGCAGGACUCUCCGCCCCUUCCGCUGUCACCCACGCUGCCCACCCCAAGUGUUCCUCGUCCAGUGUACAGUCACAUGCCUGCCUGUCCCACUCACACCUCGCCCAAGGAUCCCUGUAUGUGUGGCCUCAUGUACCCUCCAGGACUGACUUCUCGACCCUCACCGAUCUCCUGUGACGCAUUCCACGCCCCGGCCAGGCUCUCCCCUCCCUCAGCGCCCUCCGUCAUCCAGCCCGCCGCCAGCAGCAGCCCAAAAAGACAAGAGACAUCCUCCCCGAGUUCGGAGUCUUCAUCAAACACCAGACCGCCUCCCAGACUCUUCAAGCCAUACGACAAUGAGCCGCUUGGGCCAUCCCCCCGCACCUGAGCCCCAAGAUGUAUGUGUGUAUGUGUGAGGGAAGGGUGCCUUGCUCUAUCUGUGAUUCUAAGCCGGUCUGU